ACGCGGUCUGGCAGAAUGAAGGAGGAGUCAGCGGACCGGACUUUGCCCCGCCUCCGGGCCGGAGGGAAUCCCCGCCCCCGCUUGAAGUGGUGCCCCGCCCCCGCCGGGGAGCUGAACUUUGGCACAAGUUUCCCCGAGCCGCAUAACACUCGCCUCUUCGGAGACGAACGCGCUGCAAAAAUGUACAUCUGGUUCACAGUUCUCGCCGGACUGGCUCUUGUGUCCUUCUCAUUCCUCAAGACAUGUUUCCCCCACCUCCACGAGGACUGCGCGUACAUCCUGACGAGCCUGAAGCUCUGCUUACGCCUCAUCAAAUACAAGAAGAGCAAACCUUUCUACAGCGUGUUGGACCACUUCUUGGAUGCGGUGAAGAAGCAUCCCAGUAAGAUCCUUCUGCACUUUGAAGGACGCGAGUACACUUACGGAGAAGUGGACCGGCAGAGCAACAAGGUGGCGCGCGCGCUGCGGGCUGAAGCCCGGCUGAAGGAGGGGGACACGGUGGCCCUGUUUCUGACCAACGAGCCCUGCUUCAUGUGGACUUGGGUCGGUGUGGCCAAGCUGGGUUGUUCGGCCGCUCUGCUCAACGUCAACAUCAGGUCCAAGUCUCUGCUGCACUGUUUCUCGUGCUGCGCGGCCAAAGUGAUCGUGGCGUCCAAAGAGCUGGAGGGAGCUUUGGAGGAGGUUCUGCCGACGCUGCGGGAGCAAGGCAUCAGCGUGUACCUCCUGUCGGAGACCUGCAGCAUCCAGGGCAUCAACACCUUGUCUGACAAGAUCUCCAAGGCCUCCGAUGAGCCGCUGCCCCGGGACCUCAGGGCCAACGUCACCAUCAGGAGCACCGCUUUGUACAUCUACACGUCGGGCACCACAGGUUUACCUAAAGCUGCCGUUGUCACCCAUGAGCGGAUUUGGACCGCCUGCUUGAUUCAGGCGAUAUGCGGAGUCACAUCCGAGGACGUCUUCUACAUCAACCUGCCUCUUUAUCACAGCGCAGGCUUCGUCAUCGGAAUGAUUGGCGGCAUGGAGAGAGGUUUAACCAUCGUCCUGAGGAGAAAGUUCUCUGCCUCUCAGUUCUGGGACGACUGCAGGAAGCACAACGUGACGGUGAUCCAGUACAUUGGUGAAACGAUGCGCUACCUCUGCAACACGCCCGUGAGCGACAGCGAGAAGAACCACCGAGUGAGGAUCGCCAUUGGCAACGGGGUCCGAACGGACAUUUGGACCGAGUUUCUGAACCGCUUCGGGGACAUUAAAGUCCGAGAGUUGUACGCUGCCACGGAGGGAAACAUCGGCUUCAUCAACUACACGUCCAAAAUCGGUGCAGUGGGACGUCUCAAUUUCGUCCACAGGUAUUUCUUCCCGUACACUUUGAUCAAGUUUGACACGGAGAAGGAGGAGCCUGUCAGGAACGCCGCGGGUCUGUGCAUCGAGGCCGCCAGAGGUGAGACGGGACUUUUGGUCGGCAUGGUUACUCAGAGGUCGCCCUUCGUCGGCUACGCUGGCAACGAGCAACAGACCGAGAAGAAGAGGCUUCGCGACGUGAUGAAGAAAGGAGACCUGUACUUCAACACCGGAGAUUUACUUCGGGUUGACGACAUGAACUUUGUGUACUUUCAGGAUCGAGUUGGUGACACUUUCAGAUGGAAAGGAGAAAACGUUGCCACGUCGGAGGUUGCAGACAUUCUCACGAUGGCCGACUGCCUUUUUGAGGCAAAUGUCUACGGUGUUAAAGUUGAAGGUCACGAGGGUCGGAUCGGCAUGGCAGCUGUCACUCUGAAAGAAGGAGAAGAUUUUGACUCUUUGCACAUUUAUAAACUGGUCGUCAACUACCUGCCAGCGUACGCGAGACCCCGAUUCAUCCGGAUUCAGCCCUGCAUGGAGAUCACGGGGACAUUCAAGUUGAAGAAAGGGAAGUUGGUGGAGGAAGGAUUCAAUCCGGCCAACAUCAAAGAUCCUUUAUACUUUUUAGAUCCCGAGAAGAAGACGUAUGCUCCUCUGACUGAAGACAUCUACAAAGCAAUAGCUCGGCGGGAAAUUAAACUCUAACACAAAAGCUUUUAAAGUAGCAGGUACUGAACCAGGCAACAAAUUUCUUUCCUUUUUUUUUUUUUAAACAAAGAUGUAACAUCUCAGGGACGGACGAACUUUGCUACGUUGCGCAACUUUUUAACCCUCCCGUUAUCGUUAAUCCCUGCAGGUCGAUGUGAUAGCAACAAUUUAAACCCCAGGGUGAUGAUUAUUGCACAACUUUAUGUAUCCGGUAGUUUCAGGUCAUUUGUGACCGAUAGAAAAUAUGUGAAGAACAUUGAAAACAUUUCGUGUUCGUUUUAUGUACCACGUAGAUAAGGAAAGGUCGAUAAAAGCAAAUAUUACAAGCUGUCAUUUAGAGACGUGAAACAUCUGAAAUUGACCGCAAAGAUAAUAAGAAGGUUGAAAGAGUACUUUAUUAUUCAGGAAACUACUGUGCAUCAUUACGGUUUUUAUAAAUGUCUUCCUUAAUGCCAACAGUGUUUUAUGUGUCUUAUGGCCGCUGAUGUAUUUCUAAUAAUUAAACCGGUGGUAUUUUUUCCCCUGGCUUCUAUUUUAUUAUUGGCCAGAUAAAUGGUGGUUAGUCUCACACAGCUGUGCGUACGCUUUGGACAUCUUAUUUCUCAUUUGCAGAAUCUCUCUGAGGAACCUUUUGUGCCGUUGUGUACAAGCAGUUGGUGUGACAAUGUUCCAGCCUGUAACAAUACUGAGGGAGGGAUUCGGAUCUUUGUAUUUGGGGAGGGAGCAACAUUCAGACUGCUGAUUAAAACAAAGAAGGCUUUGUUCAUUCAAAUAAUUCAUUUGAAUACAUUUUUGUGACAAAUAUUGGAAUUAGCAGGUUUUAGAAAAAUGAUGCAGCUUUUUGUGUUUUGACCUCUAACUCAGAUGUGCUUUUUAUGUUGUUACAUCCCGUUUGUUUGACUUUCACAACUGGGUCAUAAGCAAGGUGGCGCGGUGUGGAAACACCAAGCUCAUGUAAUAAAGGGUGAAGUUCCACCAAA